AUGGGGCCGCCUGCACUAGCAACCUCUACCUUGGCCUUGCUCUCAGUUGGGCUCCUCCUUGUUGCAGACUCGGUGGCGUUCCAGCUUUCCUCUCCUUCCUGGAAGUCCUUUGGACGAGCGUCUUCCUUCUGCCCGCAAAACCUUCGCUUUGCCCCAAGCUCCUGCUCCUGCAGACCAGAAGCAGACUACUACGCUAGACUGGGAGUAAGCAGGGGAGCGUCCGAGGAUGAGAUCAAGAAAGCUUUCCGUCAGAAAGCCAGAAAGCUUCAUCCUGACGUGAAUAAGGCGCCAGACGCCAAGGAACAGUUCCAGAAGGUCUCGGAAGCUUACGACGUACUCUCUGAUCCGUCUAAGAAGCAGCUCUAUGAUCAGUUCGGUGAGGCUGGUGUGAAGGGAGCAGGAAUGGGAGGUGGUGCUGGCUUCUCCGACUUCGGGGACUUCAGCCCCUUCGGAGACAUCUUCGAGACCUUCUUCGGAGGAGGGGAGGGGCAGGACCAGGAAGAGAUUGACUUCAUGAAGGCGAUCUUCGGAGGUGAAGAGAACAUCCGCGUGUCCCACCUUGAGAGCUGCACGACCUGCGAGGGAUCGGGCCUGAAGCCCGGGACGAAGCCCAGGACUUGCUCGACUUGCGGAGGAUCAGGAGUUGUCACUCAGGUUGCCAGGACUCCUCUGGGCAUGCUGCAGCAGCAGAGCGCAUGCCCGCAGUGCAACGGGGAGGGUCAGAUCAUCGAUGAGUACUGCGGGACCUGCUCAGGGAGAGGGAGGGUGCAGAAGUCGAAGCAGCUCUCUAUCACGAUUCCUGCUGGGGUGGACACGGGCAGCCGCCUGAGAGUGAGAGGAGAAGGAGAUGCCGGACCCAAGGGUGGUCCACCUGGGGACCUAUACGUCUUCCUGAACGUGAAACCGAGCAAGGACUUCAAGCGCGAGGGGGCAGACAUCUACUCGAAUGUCAAGAUCAGCUACCUCGAUGCCAUCCUCGGCACGGAGAUCAAAGUUCCCACUGUGGAUGGAAGUGUCGACCUGAAGAUUGCUGCUGGAACCCAGCCCGAGACUGUGAUGCGCCUGGAAGGAAAAGGAGCGAACGUGCUCGGAAAGAAGGGCGUGCGCGGGAACCACUUCGUCACUGUGAAGGUUGAGAUCCCUACGUCGCUCUCUAAGGAGGAGAAGGAGCUGCUGGAGAAGCUCAAGUCAGGCUUCAAGUCAGGCAAGGGAUUCUUCAGCAGGGUGUGAAGCAAGAGGAGGGGGAGGGUUGCGGAGGACUCGGUCUUGGUUGGAUCCUUCAUCAUUUAUUACAUCGAUUCAGUUU